UUUUAGUAUCUUAACAACACCGGUAUGGAUUGUAAUAUUUUAUUUAUUGCCGUACAAUUUUUUUCAAAAAUAAAAUGAAACUUUUUUAAAAAUAACUGGCCAUUUGACACGAACGAUAAUUCGUUUCUUCAAAGUCUUCUGGUCUUUAUUCCAUAUUCAACACGUCACUAAAAUACUGGCCGCUUUAUUUUUUGGUGGGCAAAGAGAAGACCUUGACAAUCCUUCCGGUCAACACCACCGAUCGUACGCCCGGAAGCCGCAGAAAAUCUGCGGUAUAAUCCAACAUUGAUACCGCCGCCGAAAAAUCGUCCAGAAUUGACAUCGCCUAAAAAUAAUUCAAAAUUGACGCCGCCGCUUCCGCCAAGUGGUCGGCGUUGACCCCAAGAAGCGUUAAUUCAGAAUGGCAUAUUACUCGUACGACACGUACGAUCCGUACUAUUCCUACCCGGUCGCGGAAGUUGCAGUUGUCGACGUUCCCGUGGUUGAAUACGGAAUUGAACCGGUCAUCUAUCCACCAACGAGCAACAUGGGUUACGCACAAUAUGACCCUGGCUACUACGACGCCGGCUACGUGAACGUCGCACCGGUGGCAUACGUCGACAAUUCGUCGUGCAACCUAAAACAAUGUCUCAUAACGGGUCUGCUUAUCUUCCUGUUUCUAGUCAUCCUCGUGGCCGCGGUCUGGUUCGGCCCGAGAGGUUCGGGAGGAUCAAGUACUUACGUUUCACAUCGGACCUACGGUCGCCCCGGUCACUCGAUUGGCGUCAUCAGUCGCCCAGUUGUUUAUCGCCCCGUCUAUCGCCCUCCUCCCCCUCGUCCAGUCAGAUUUAGAGGAUAAAAUGGAAUGCAAUGUUUUUACAUGAUUGACAAAGAAUCUGAAAGUUAGUGCGGAAAAUAGUCCAUAUUUCUGUAAUGACGGGUGAAUAUAUGUACAAGAAUGAAAAAAUAAUAAUCUAAUUCAUGGUUGUGAAACAUUUCAAAGAAAGUGAUGAAUGAAUGAGUUUGUGAAUAAAAUCCAUGAUUCAGCCCGGU